UUCCCUAAAAGGACAUUCCUUGCCAAAGUUGACCAUGGGUUGGGCUGUGAUUUUCUUAGCUUUGCUCACUUACUGCAGAGGGAUUGAUGGUCAGUCCACUUGGACUCAGCCUCCCUCCAGCUCUGUGUCCCCAGGUGGAACCGUUACACUCUCCUGCACAACCACUCAGAGUUCCUACAGCAUUGGCUGGUAUCAACAGAAAGCAGCAGAAGGCCCCCAUUUUGUCCACUGUGAUGGCUGCAGCAGGGGAGAAGGGAUCCCAGAUCGAUUCACAGCAACCAGAUCUGGGGGUACAGGAUCUUUGACCAUCACCAAUGCAGAGGCUGAAGACGAGGCAGUUUAUUACUGUAGUAGCUUGAACAGUGCAGGUGCCUUGGCCCAGUUCACCAUGACUCAACCAGCUUCUGAGUCAGUAUCCCCUGGAGGAAAAGUCAGGAUCACCUGUACCAGGACAGGUGGUAGCAUUAGUGGUUACUAUGUGAGCUGGUAUCAGCAGAAACCUGGCAGUAAACCCCUAGCAGUGAUCUAUAAAGAUAGUGAGAGGUCGUCUGGAAUCCCUGAGCGGUUUUCUGGUUUUUAUGAUUCUUCCUCCAAUUCGGCCUCUUUGACCAUCUCCAACAUUCAACCUGAAGACGAGGCUGACUAUUACUGUUUGACUAGUGGUGAAAGUUCUCAGAGCACAGUGAUUGCACUUGAUGGGGAACUGUGA